GUCAGGUACAAGCUGUGAGGGUCCCGAGUAGAAGAAAGUGUCAGGGGUUUCCGCCCCAAGGAUUUUGGAGAAUCAGGAGAAGGCUUCACAGUCUGAUUCAUCCCAUCCAGUCCAGUGUAUCCUUCACAGCACUGAGACAUAACCGGAGAGUGCAAGCUGUGGGACCCUUCCCCCAUUAUUAGUACCUGACCCCCUGUCCUGGGGGAGGGGGCUGCUGCGGUCUCCUUUGAGACCCUCACACCAAGGAGGCAUCCCUUCUUCACCAUCUCCAGGGACUGUGGAACGAGGUGGGUGGAGCGUCUGCCCCGGCAGGUUCAUUCACCAUCACAUCUCUCCUCGUGGAUUUAGAGAUGUGGAAGCAAGGAGUCCCAUUGGUGCUUCUCUCUCUGUUCCUGGCCGCGUUGUGCCCAUCUGUCCAGAACCAGGCUGUCUUGACAGAUGAUGAGAUCGAAGAGUUCCUUCAAGGAUUUCUGUCCGAACUAGGUCCAGAGGAAGAGGAUGAUGACAAGGGAGAACCCAAACGAGAAGAAGAAGAGGACACAGGAGGAACAGCAAUAAGUAGGGUUGGUGGCAACGAGGAUGAUGAUGAUGUUCCAGCAAGGAGAAAAGAAAAAGCUCCAAAAAGUGAGGGUAGAGAUUCACCAGGAAAGGCAAAAGAAAAGCCAAAGAAAGAGAAAAAGGAAAAGGCUGCUAAACCCACCAAGAAACCAAAAGAGAAACCUCAAAAGAAAGAGAAACCCCCUAAACCCACUAAGAAACCCAAAGAAAAGAAACCAAAAGCAACCAAGAAACCCAAAGAAAAAACCCCUAAACCAACCAAGAAGUUGCCAGUGAAGAAACAAGAAAGACAACCAGAGAGAGAGGAUAUAGAGGAAAGGUUUGAGAGACCCGAGAUCAACGAGGAGGAGGAAGAGAGAAACAGGAGACCUCAGAUCAAUGAGGGGGAGGAAGAGAGUUAUAGGAGACCUCAGAUCAACGAGGAGGAGGAAGAGAGAAACAGGAGACCUCAGAUCAAUGAGGGGGAGGAAGAGAGUUAUAGGAGACCUCAGAUCAAUGAGAAGGUUGAAGAAAGGCCCAUUAGACCCCAAAUUACUCUGGAAGAAGAAAAAAGAUUUGGAAGACCCCAUGUUCCAGAAGAAGGGACUGAUAGCUAUAGGAGAACCCAAAUCACAGAGGAAGAAGAGGAAAGAUAUAUCACAGAUGACUAUGACGAGGAAGGGAGAAAGGAGGAAGAAAGAUAUAGGGCACCUCCAACAACUGGGAAAGAGGACGAUAGAUACCAUAGACCUCAAAUCACUGAGGAAGAGGAAAGGUAUAGAGGACCCCAAGUAACAGAUGAAGAGGAGGAGAGAUACUGGAGACCCACACCGACUGAAAAAGAAUCCAAGAGUGAAGAUGAAUGGGAAGAACAAGGGAGAUACCAGCAGCCGUUCCCAGAACCCGAAGAACCAGAUCUAGAGGAGCGCAAGCCACGGCCCGGUCCGGGUGAAGAACCCCCCACUGAAGAUUACAAUGACCGCCUGGAGAGGGAGGAUUAUGAUGACUAUGGCUACAUCAGGAGACAAAAGAAACCGAAAGUUCCCGAGCGGCAAAAACCAGAGCAGAAGCCACAACCGAAGAAGCCAACUUUGCGCCCCACGCAAGCCCCCUCUUACCCAGAUGUGAAACAAGGGCACAUUUAUGAUGACUAUGAUUACUUACUGCCCCCCGAACACCCAGACAGAGAGGGUGAAGUGGAGGAAACCGAUGAAGACCGAUACACCUCAGAAAAGGAAGAAAAAACGACUAGUAAAGAGGAGCGAGAGAGGGAAGAAGAAGAGAAGGCGAGAGAGCGGAAAGAAAAGAAGAAAACAGAAUGGGAUUCAGAAGAAGAGGAAGAGCUUCCUAAAGAGAAAAAAAUAUGUCCUCCCAUUGGCCUGGAGUCUCACCGUAUAGGGGACGAUCAGCUGCUUGCAUCCUCCAUGCUGCGCCAUGGGCUACAUGCUCAGAGGGCCAGACUCAACAUUCAGGCCGGUACUAAUGAAGACGACUUCUUUGACGGCUCCUGGUGCGCAGAGGAUGACGGCCGGGCACAGUGGAUAGAAGUGGACACGAGGAGAAGCACCUUAUUUACAGGAGUAAUAACACAAGGAAGGGACUCCCUCAUCCACGAUGAUUUUGUCACAGCAUUCCACGUAGGAUUUAGUAACGACAGCCAGAAGUGGGUGAAGUACAGUAAUGGAUAUGAGGACAUGCUGUUCAUGGGUAAUGUGGACAAAGACACACCGGUGAAAACAGAGUUUCCAGAGCCUGUAGUGGCGAGAUUCAUCCGUAUAUACCCACAGACCUGGAACGGGAGUCUGUGCAUGCGCCUGGAGGUACUGGGCUGCCCUGUAUCAAACAUAGUCAGCUACUACAGUCAGAAUGAAGUAUUAACAUCUACAGACAAUCUGGACUUCAGAUACCACAACUACAAAGACAUGAGACAGCUCAUGAAAGUGGUCAACGAUGAGUGUCCCACCAUCACUCGGAUUUACAACGUGGGGAAGACCGCCAAAGGGCUGAAGAUCUACGCCAUGGAAAUAUCUGACAAUCCGGGGGAGCACGAAACAGGGGAGCCGGAGUUCCGGUACACCGCCGGUCUUCAUGGGAAUGAAGUUCUAGGCAGAGAAUUGUUGCUUUUCCUCAUGCAGUUCAUAUGUAAGGAAUAUCGGGAUGACAACCCCCGGAUCACAACCUUGGUUCGGGAGACCAGAAUUCACCUUGUGCCAUCGCUGAAUCCUGAUGGUUAUGAGAUUGCAAGCCAGAUGGGUUCAGAAUUAGGAAACUGGGCACUCGGACAUUGGACAGAAGAAGGCUACGACAUAUUUACCAACUUUCCAGACCUGAAUACAGGUCUUUGGGCAGCAGAGGAAAGGAAGUGGGUCCCUCACCGUGUGCCCAACCACCACCUUCCCAUUCCCGACAGCUUUUUGGCAGAUGAUGCCACGGUGGCUGUGGAGACAAAGGCCAUUAUGGCUUGGAUGGACAAAAAUCCAUUUGUGCUCGGGGCCAACCUACAAGGAGGGGAGAAGUUGGUCUCCUACCCAUACGACAUGGCACGGCCAGCCAAAGAGGAGGCCCCACCGGAGCGGCCUCGUCAUCACCUGUAUCAAGAGGAAGAUGAGGACGACGACGAUGUAACGGAGGUUGGGGGAGAAGACGAAGAAGGGGUGUCUCGAACUACAGAUCACGCUAUUUUCCGGUGGCUUGCUAUCUCCUAUGCUUCCGCACACCUCAACAUGGCGGACACAGCUCGUGGGAGCUGCCAUGCAGAUGACUACACCAAAGGAAUGGGCAUAGUCAACGGAGCCAAAUGGAGGCCGGUUUCUGGCAGUAUGAAUGACUUUAGUUAUCUGCACAGUAAUUGCAUGGAGCUGUCCAUAUACCUCGGGUGUGAUAAGUUCCCGCAUGAAAGUGAAUUGGUGGAAGAAUGGGAGAACAACAAAGAAUCUCUACUGAACUUCAUGGAACAAGUGCACCGUGGGAUUAAAGGAAUUGUAACUGACAGACAGGGAGAACCUAUUGCCAACGCCACUAUAUCUGUUGCUGAGAUAAACCAUGAUGUCAUGACAGCAAGCGGCGGCGAUUAUUGGCGUAUCUUGAAUCCUGGUGAAUAUCGCGUGACAGCGCGGGCAGAAGGUUUCACCCAAAGCACCAAGACCUGUACCGUUGGGUAUGAAGUAGGAGCAACCCAUUGUAAUUUUGUCUUGGCACGAUCCAACUGGAGGAGGAUAAAGGAAAUCAUUGCAAUGAAGGGUAAAGGUCCCUUACGGCUCGCUCCGCCUGGAGGACGCCAAUUAUCUCCUGCUGCGCGUCUGAGAAUGCAGAGGCGGCGCAUGUGGUUGAACAGACGGGCCAAACUUUCCACCACCGUACCUCCCACGACAACACCUUUUGCCGUGCCCACCACGUUACCCCCCACCGAAACCCCAACGACCCUUCCCCCUCGCAGGCUGGAGCCUCCUACGCCCUCCGAGUCACUGUGGGACACUGAGACAGAGACCUACACAGAAAUUGUCACCGAGGUAGAGACAGAAACAUGGGAGGAGGACGUCACCACUCCUGUCGCCCCAUUCACCACGGCAGAGACUUACACUAUAAACUUUGGGGACUUCUGAAAAGGCAAAAAGAACAGAGGUGUCUUUGAAAGAACUCUGAGGGGGCAUGCGAAAGGUUAAAAAGCUUCAACACCACAGUGGGUCUACACCGUAUGCGUGGCUGAUGUACCAUUUGUGAAACAAGCUUGCAAGGGCCAGAGUUACACAAAGAUCCUUCAAUGGGUUCCUUGGAUCAAUGCCUCCAUGAGGGGGGUUUUAAGAGAUUAAGUCUUUAGCUGGAGCUUUUAUAAACGGGUGUAGACGAGCUCCUGGGAGAAAAUGAAAUAUUGUGUAGGUAAUCUCCAUUUUCCCAACGCCUGCUAGCUUUAGUCAGAACAACAUGCAGGGCCUUCUGUAUAAGCCACACAAAGUGCCAUGUUAUCUGCACCUGUACCAUCCAUUACUAAUAAAAAUGUUCCGAAAAA